ACAUGAAUCAGCAUGCCUGUAUGGCAGGUUUCAGAGACAGAGAGGGAAGACCUCGAGGAGUCUGAGAAAGUACAGCACUGGGUUGAGCGUCUUUGUCAGACUCGCUUGGAACAAAUAUCUUGUGUGGAAAACGAGUCACCUGAGCUGUCACCCCCACUGUCACCUCCCCCGGAGCCCAAGGUGAAGCGUUUUCCUGGUGGCCUGCACCUGGCCACUACUGAUCUGGAUGACAUUAACUUGGAUCAUGUGGAUCAGAGCCUGAAGGGGCCGCUUAAGAGACUCGCCCCAACCCCACCAAUUAUGAGCCAGCCUCCGCCUCCUUUGCCUCUCCCGCCGCCUUCACCCAAACUAAACCCCACCCACCCCAAAUAUUCUUCUUCUUCAAAAGUAUGUUCACAGCACCGGCCUGCGUCACCACCCAACACCUCGUCUACCUUGACCAACAAGGGCCGCAGACCUCAUCCAUCUCAAGCCCCUCAUCGAGCUUCCUCCCAUUAUCCCCCUCCAUCUCAGUCGACCCGCCCGCCCUCAUCCCCACAGCCCACCCCGACACCUCACCCACUGCCGCCCCCUCCCCCACCCCCACCUCCACCCCCGCCGCCCCCACCUCCCCCACCGCCCCAACAAUCUGAAGAAAGAGCAAGUGCCCUCAGUGCAUACCGUCAUCAUAACCUGCCUCACCCGUCCAGUCCACCUGAGCACAGGAGUGAGUGGGAGGCGGGUGGAUACCUGCCGAGAGGGGGCAUCUACUCAUCCAACGCUAGUGAAAUCUCCUACCCAUCUAGUCCCAAGGUUAUGAGAAACACGUCACAGGCCAGUCGCAUUUCUACUCCUUCCCUGCAACUGGCACCUAGUCCUCCGAACCAGCGGCAUCCAAUGCCCCCCGUCAUGUCGAAGCCCGUCAUGCUGCCUCAGUCGCAGACCCAUCGACCGGACCCGCUCAGACCUGCUGUUCGUUCUGAUGGCCUGCCUGCAGAAAUGUUGAAACGGAUGGUGCCUUUCAACUCUUCUUUUAAAUCCAACAACAAACCCCAAGUAAUCUAAGCCUCAGUGAUAAAUAACCUUCCAAUUUUUAGAGCCUUCCUCUAUUGCUACUAUCAGGGCAUGAAAGUAUACGGUUGUAGAAGGUGUGUUUUCACCAUUUGUUUUGUCCUGCUAUCUCAUAAUUUUAAGUGUUACUGGCAUUGAAUAUGUUUCUGUAUAAGUGCUUUCCCAUUGAAAGAUUUCACUGUUUCUCAGAAUGUGCUUCAACCCUUGCUGAGAUUACUGCGGCUGUAGUACUUAUCAUGGUCAUUUAAUUGACUUAUUUACUUUUUUAAAAAAAAUUAUUUUAUCUAUAGCUUCUCCCGCUAUUUUGUGUGUGUGUGUGUG